AAAAAUGUGUGCCAUGAAGCAAUUAGAAGAACGACAUACAAGCCAAGAAAUAAAAUUUUUAUUAUGGUGUGAUCGUAUGGAUUUGUUAGCAAUUGCAAAUGUUCGAGGAGAAGUAUCGUUACAUAGAUUAAAUUGGCAAAGAGUUUGGAGUUUACAGCCAUCCGAUGUUGAUUAUACGGUUAGUGGUAUGGCUUGGCGACCCGAUGGAAAAGUAAUCGCUAUUGGUUAUAGCAACGGAACACUUUUGCUUGUGGAUGUAGAAACGAAACGGAUAUUAUACACUCAAAGAUUUUCAUCAAUUAGCUGUGUAAUUUGGUUUAAUGCACCGGAUUUGGGAGUUGAUUCUCCGAUUGAAGAUGAUUCCUCAUUAUUUUUAUCAGAUUUACCUGAUUUAGCAUGGGAUACGGGAUCAGCAAAUAAAAAAAUAUCUGAUGAAAAUCUUGUAGAUUUUAAGGUAAUUAAUGUUCUUUUGGUUGGAACCACACAUGGAAUGCUACACAUUAGUAUUUUUGGAUUAUUCGAAUGUGCGAUAAUCGAUUUAAAUAAAUUAAUCGAUGAAAAAUGUACAGUUUUAUCUGUUCAUAUGGCAAAUAAUUUAAGUUAUUUAUAUGCGAUAGUCCUAACUAAAUCGGGCCUAGUAAAAGUGAUCACUCUACAAACUGAAAUAUUUAAAACGCAUUCCACAGAGCUACAUAUGAUUGCAUAUAAACAUGGAAAGAUUAUAUCUUUGCUGAAUUAUUUAGAAGGGACAAUUUCCUCAAUUGAAGCCGCUUGGGAAAUUAUUUUGAUGGAAAUGGAUUCAAAGUUGGCAUCAUUUGCGUCAUCAGUUCCGGAAGGUGCGGUGGCAGCGGAUUUUCUUGAUUUAUUACUGUUCGGAUUCCCUUCAUACGAAUUAGAUUUAUUUUUAUCACAAGAUUUAACUGAAAAAGGCCUUCGAAAAUUAGGUCAUUCGAUUGAAUGUAGUUACUCGAAUAUCCAAAAACUUGUACUUAAACAUUUAACAAAAGUUGCACAAAAUAUUGCAUAUUAUUUAUCCGAAUUACGCGGCAUGGCACGUAUGGAAUUUCGAUAUAAAAUUUUAGGAUUACAGGAGAGUGCAGUGACGAAAGCAAUAUCGGCAAGUGGAUCGUUUUUAGUUAAAGGUGCUGAAGUUCAACAAGUUAUCGAUCAUUCUAUGAGGAAUUAUAAAGCAUUCUUUCGUUGGCUGUAUGUCGUUAUUUUACGAGAGAAUGAAGAACAUGUCCCGAUCGAAGUUAGUAAAGUAUCUCAACGAGAUAUAAUAUUUAUUGGGGAAUUUCUAAAAAAUUUCGAUUCGUUACCCGGUGAUUCAAAACAAGCGGGACGUAGUAAAUAUUUUAAUUUAGAACGUUUAGGGCAGUAUUUAGUUGAUUCGAAUUUAGUUAUACCAUUAGAUACAACGUUAAAUCCUUGGGAUGUUUUUUUAUCGAAUCAUCCGGGUUUAUUCGAUAAUGAUUUAAUUAUUAAACAUCAUCAUGAAAUGUCUUUACUCCAAGAACAUAAACAUUUAAUAUCAUCGAUUGGGGAUGUUUUUAAUGAACCCAAAAAACAAAUUGGUAAUGAAUUACAAUUAUAUCAAAUUUUGAAUAUUAUUAAGGUCGAUAAUUAUAAUGAUAUUCGAUUGUCGUUAAUUAAUUUCAAUCGAGAUAUUACAUUUAUGGCGAUUGUAAAUGUAACCGAACCGGAUGGAAUAUAUUUUAUAGAAAUUGAUAGCUCAAAUGAAACACAAGUGAAAUGUGAAUUUUUCUAUUUUCAAUCAGUAGAAAAUUUUAACGAUAGUCUCUCCCAACCGUUAAAAAUAAUCGAUAUUCAAUUUUAUACCGUAAAUGUGUUAUCUGUUCUCUUGGAAAUUGAUAAUCAACAACGUACAGCCGUUUUUGCACAAUUUCCUGUAACUUUAGCUCGUCAAUCGCUCAUGGUAGUUGAUAAAAAUGUAAUUGAUUCGAUCGGUAAUUUAACGCGAAUUAAUGCUUGUGAUGCUCCGAUAUCGACUACGUUACGUGUGUUGGAUGGAUUUACAGCUGCUAAAUUUUCGGUAUCUGGCAGUCGAAAAGUAUCGGUGAUAUUAAUGCAAAAUUUACGUACGUGUUGUUUAUAUGAAAUGGAUGUUGACGAAGAAGAUGAGGAAGAAGAGGUGGAUGUAACUGCAAGUACAGCUAAGGAAAGUGAUAAUAGUAUACAGGAAAAUCCGGAAGUAAUGGUUGAGUAAUUGGUUUUUCUUAUUUGAUAUUGUAUUUUUUAGAUCAUAAUACAUAUAUUGUGUUGUCCAGAUUUUAGUUCGCUUUUAAUAGUGGUGGUGAUCAAUCUGGAAAAACCUUUAAAUGUCAGGGAAUUUUGAAACUCUGAAAAAGUCAGGGAAUUAUAGUAUAGGUCAAGGAAAAUGCUAAGAAAAUAGCCGGUCUCUAGAAUUGUAUUCUAUAGAACUGAUUCUGCAUCGAUAUCUUGGAAUGGCGUAUAUAUUCUUAAUCAGUUUUCACUACAAAAUCUUCGGUUUUGGUCAGGGUUGUCAGAUUAUUUCGUUUCUGAAGCGGUAAUUCCAGUAAAAAGUAAAAACGUAAUUCCAGUAGAAGUAUCGAGUGUGACAGUUGACUAAUUUAUCGAAAAGAUCAUAGUUUCCAUAGUUAAGAAAAAAGAAAGGUCGAAUAGGGAAAUUUCAAAUUAUGAUAUUUUAAAAACGGUCAGGGAAUUAUUGUUUUUAUAGUGGAAAAGUCAAGGAACUUCAAAUAAAAUUCAGGGAAAAUAAUACUGAAUUUUUGCCCCUUUUAAGAUCUUAGAGCUUCAAUUGACAACGUUAAUCAUUAGCUAAAACGAACCAAAAUAUGGACAACUCUUUAUGCAAAUCGUUUGGUAAUUGGGGAUAUUUUGAAAAUCGAAGUAAACUGUGAUUCUUAAUUGAUUUUGUUAUUUUGUAUAAAAAUUUGUAAAUAAAAUUAC